GUUGCCAUCCAUGCACGGCCAAAUUGCCUCUGUCGUUGAAGCAGGCACCAAGGCGAUGGACAAGGAGGCGCUGUUAAAUGGACCGUUGAGCGCCAGCCGUGGCAGCGACCGGGCGCGAAGCCCUCGUCGGCGUCAAGGGUCGCGUCGCUCGCGCAGCCGCACGCGAAGCCCCGUGCGCGAUCGCCGAAGCCCGCGUCGUAGCCCGCGCCAGACCAACGCGCGGUCACCGCCCCGGUCUCGCCCAACGUCCCGCAAGCCCGAGCCGCACCGUGGCGACGGAAAGGUUGACCCUGAGCUCCGCGAUGUCAACGACGACCCGCGCGUGGGUACGGUCCUCCCGUGUGCGAUCAAGGCCGCGCGUGGCAAUACGGGCCGCAACACCGAGUCGUUCGACCCAGCGUCGACGCUCGUGCGCCCAGCCAUGCGCAUCAUCGUCGGACCGAAGAAGCCCGUUUUCGACAAGCCGCUCAAGCACGACGACGUGGUCGUCGUGCCCGACUUCUUUUGCGCCGAGGACGACUGGAGCAUCUACUACAAGCUCAUCGAAGAGAUGCGCGCGGCGCAGUCGAGCGGCGCUGCCAAGUCCGAGUGGAUUCCGUGGGCGGAAGGCUGUCACUUGAUUUCGCAAAACCCGACCGGGUCGCCCACGUACGAGAUGGUGCUCCGGCGCGCGAGCGAGUAUUUCAACAUGAAGGCCGGGUCCCAGGGCACGCGCUUCAACUGGUACCGUGACUCGUCCGACUGGAAGCCGUUCCACCACGACUCGGCGGCGUACAACCCGGGGCGCGCCCGCACGCAGAACAUUACUGUCGGCGUCUCGUUCGGCGCCGAGCGCGAGCUGGCCUUUCUCCACGCGCAGAACGGGUCGCGCAUCUACUUUCCGCAGUGCAACGGGAUGCUGUUUGCGUUUGGGCGCGACGUCAACAUCAACUGGAAGCACGGCGUGAACGCGCUUGCGCCCCAAGUCUUUUGCGGCAAAGGCCGGAUAUCCAUCAUUCUCUGGGGCCUCGCGCAGGACGUCAUCGAGGAGCCCGAGAGCCCCGCGCUCUUGACGAACGAUGCGCGCAACGGCUUUGACAACCGAGGCCGCGCGAAUGGUGAUGUGUGCCGCGACUUCCAAGCCGGCUCGUGCCGCUUUGGCGACCGCUGCAAGUUUAGCCACGCGGCGCGUCGCUAGACAUAAAUCUCUUGGAUAGACCAUCUUGUACUGCC